AUGACUAAUGUUAUUCUUCUUACAGGUGCAUCAAGGGGUAUUGGGGCUGCUAUAGCUCGUAAGGUACUUGCUGAUGCCAGUGUAAGACUUGUGGCCAUUGCCAGAUCCUCAGAUGGACUUCAACAAUUGGUGGAUCAAUACGGAACUGAAAGGGUAGGCGUGGUUGUAGGAGACAUAUCGGAACCCAUGGUUUAUCAAAAAGCAGUUAAAACUGCCAUUGAUCAAUUUGGUCAAUUGGAUGUGCUAGUAUUGAAUGCUGGUGUUCUAGACCCGGUUGCACCCAUUGGAGAAGCGGUUAUUGGUGAUUGGAAACGAUUAUUUGAUAUUAACUUCUUCAGUAUCGUUGGAUUGGUGGCAGAAGCAUUGCCUUAUUUGCGUAAUGCAGCUAAUGGGAAGGGGAAAGUGAUAGCGGUGUCUUCCGGUGCUUCUACAAAGGCUUACAGUAGUUGGGGAGCUUAUGGAGCUUCCAAGGCUGCAUUGAACCAUUACAUAUUGUCAUUGAGUUCCGAAGAACAACCUUUGGUAGAGGCCAUCUCAGUUGCUCCCGGCGUGGUGGAUACCCAGAUGCAAUCAGACAUUAGAGAAGUGCAUGGUAGUAAGAUGAGUGUUGAAGGAUUGCAAAGGUUUAUUGAUUUGAAGAAAAACAAUCAACUUGUUCAUCCAGACGAACCUGCUGCUAUUUAUGCGGGACUUGCUUUGAGGGAAUGGCCCCCAGAUAUAAACGGAAAGUACUUGCGGUACAACGAUCAAGUCUUGAGUCAAUUCAACUAA